GAACACCCAGGCGGCUUCCUCCCUGAAGCACCCUAGACAGCUCUAACUUCAUCUUGCUAGCAGCCAUGCAGCUAAGCAAUCAAUCAAAUCUACGUAGUUGUAAACAGUCAAUUCAAAAUAAUGGCGCUACACCAGCACGUGAAUUAGCAGCUUUAGCUAGUAGCAUCACAUACUACGGUCUUCUUCCUCCUUUCGCCACCGAGAGACAUUAACUUCGCACAAAAUGUCACACUUUACCCGAUGAAACGCCAACAGAUUAGUGCUGUGAGGGCUCUCCGGCUUUACUCGGGAACUUAGUUAGCGUGUUCACCACCAUUAACGCCGUGUGGCAAGGAACUACAGGUAGGCUGAUUAUUGCGUCAUCACCAAGCGACGCAAAACAAAAGCAUGACAGUCUUGUUUUUUAUUUUAACGCUCAAAAAUUUAUAACACUACGUUAUUAGAGCCCAAUAUUAAGUUAAUUUCAUUUUUUUAGUUAUUUUAGACAUUUAAACACGGCGUUGCCAUGGUAACAAGAGGGACGCUCAACGUCCUGACGUCUAAUGGGAAACAUAGUGCAAACAUACACUUCUGGUGCGGAAAACAUGGCCAAAUGACACCACUACCCACAAUCCUUUGUAAUGAUAUUUGAUCUAAGUCAUGUUAGGAGGGGUCUUUGUUGGGACUUAAUGGAGGACUUGAAAUAGUGGCUUUGAUCAUAGCCUUUACCAACAAUGUUGUUCUUCAUCCAAAGAUGGCCACCACAUUAGCAGGUCAGGUUCCUCACUUGUUCAAGUGUAGGAAGGCUGGCAAGAGUGGUACAACAAAUACAACUGCCACAAGGAAGCAUGUGAAUAAGGACGACAUCGAUCAUUGGAGGAAGCGAGUGGAUAAGGCCUCAACAUUUGCUCUGACCGAAGUCUUCUUCCCCAAGAAAACCCACUCAGGGAGCAAAAGCCUGGCUGAAACGCUGCACAGCUUGGAGCAGUGGAAGGACGAUGAUGACACCAAUGCUGAAGCUCAGGCGCUUCUGGGUGACUGGCUGGACAGUACGCUGCCGCUGGAGCUGGAAACAGAGGAAGAGGAGGAGAUGAUGGGUGAGAGGGCACAGCCAGCGGCACCUACUCCCAACUUGAAAUACAAUAACUUUGAUGAUCUGUACAACCACCUGGCCAAGGAAGAAGAGCACUGUGCUGUCAACAACUUUCUGCAAGACCUGAAGGAGCAGGAAGUGUUGGACGGUGGCAUGAUGCAGCAGCUGACACUGGACGUUGGAUACGCCAACAGGAAGUUCAAUGACCCCAUUGUCACCAUGGAAGUGCGCCACCAGCAGGUGCGAGAGAACAGAGCUACACGGGAGAGCGGCGGCGAGGAGGCCAUGCGUAGGGAGCGGCAGCUGGAGGAGAGGAGAAAGAGGCAGGAGGCGAGGAAGAGGCAGGAGGAGAUGGUGCAGCAGGAGAUAGUCAGACUCAGACGACAGAGGGAGGAGAGGAAAGGCCUUGAACUGCUGCUGAGGCGGAGGGAACGAUUGGAAGGUCAAAGAGCAGCCAGGAGCCUCCAGCCAGCUCUUCCAUCUCCCACAAUGCAGGAGCAGCAUCAGCAGCGAUCGCCACCGGUGGAAACAAAACCACGGUGCAAAGAAAAGAAUGUUCAGAUCUUUGUUCACCUGCAUAGCCUGAAGUCUCUCAGGAGGCAUUUCUCCCGAUGGUACUCGGUGGUGCUGGAGCAAAGGCUGCGUGCAGGUAUGGCCACAGCACUGUGUGACUGGAGGAGGCAGCUGAGAGCCUGGCGAGGGUGGCGCGCUGUCACGUGGGCAGGGAGGAAUCAGCGAGAGGUGUGGAGAACAGAGGAGGAGCUGCGAACAGAAAACAGACGAUGCCAGCUGGCCGUGGACAGUGACCGGCGGCGGUUGAUGAGGCGAUGUCUACUCGAGUGGCAGCUGUGGUGCCGGCUGGAGAGGGACCAACGCGAGCUGUUGGCCCAGCAGAAGGAGACAAGGCGCAAGAUGGACGCCUUGAUCAGCGCCGCAACCACAGGCCAGCUCACGUCCACCAAAAUGUGCGACACCCCGCCCGAGGCCUGUAGGAAGGUAGAUUUCCUCAAGCCUGUCACAACCCGCCAUUCUAGAACCCCUGUGGGUUCCAGAACCUCUCAGCCCCAGCAGCGUGUUAAACGCCGCCCUGCAGCACUAACCACUAGAGAGCUCAAUCAGGCCCAGCAGAGGGUCGAGGACGACGAUGACCUAACCUGCCCAAAGAGCGCCACCUUGCAGGGAGGCCGCUUCGAACACAGACAUGCGGCACAGAAGAUGAUCAUCAUGCAGCAGAGGAAGCAGCUGAAGGAGCAGCAGGAAGAGAUUGCUCAGCUCAAGAGGGAGAAGGUCACGUCCACCUGGAAGGGCAAAGCUGCGAGGCGGACAACGCAGCAGAGAGCGCCAACAGAACCCAACAGCCUCGAUGACUCUGCGAGGAAAGAUGUGACACCCCAGAAAAGCUGUCAUCCAAUUAUCACAGCCAUGGAGGAGAGGGCACGUGCACGUGCACAGCGGAAGAAGCAAAUUGAGGAACUCCAAAAGGUCAAGCAAGAGGAAAAAAUGGCAGAGAUGAAGGCUGCAGAGGAGCAGAAGCUGAAGGAGGAGGAGAUGGAGAAAGCGAUGAAGAGGGAGGAGAAAAGGCUGGCCAGGAUGAAGGAAGAGGAGAAACGGCAGCGAAUGAAAAAACAGCAGCAACUUGUAGAUGAGGCCCAUCAACACUACAACAGAAGUUUGUUAAAUUGGAAAGGCCUGGCACCGUGGAAACGCCUCAUGGAGCUCAGGCAGGCCAACACAGAGCUGGCCCAGACUCAUCACGCGGGCUCCCUGCUGAGGAGAUGCACACUGGCAUGGCUGCAAUCAGCCAGAGAUUCCCAGUCUGAGAGAGAAGCUUGCGCUGACCAACUGCAUCAGCGACUCCUGCUUCGGAGGAGCUUAAGCUGCUGGAAGAAACUCGAGGGUUGGCGGCUGCUUCAGGAGGAGAGGGCGGACUUCUUUUAUCGCGCCCACACUCUGAGGAGGUUCCUGCAGGCCCUGCGGGACCAUGUCACCCGGGAGAGGCUGCUGGAGCAGGAAUGUCAGGAGCUGGCCGAGGGGCACAACAACAGAGUGGCGCUAUGGCGAUGUUUCCAGGCCUGGAUGCGACUUCCAUAUCUGGAGCGCAAGGAAAGAGAGAGGGAACAGCGGCGGGAGAGGCUGGGCCGCAAAGUGAUUGAGGUUCUUCCCGACUUUUGGUCUCGUCCUCUGUGAAGGCUCACGGCCCACAAGACACACAAACACCUCAGUGACACAGCGCAUUAUCGUGUCAGUUUUUUAUUAAAAAUAAACAACAAACACCAUGAAAUCAUCAUGGUGUACAACUGUCAAUUACAUCAUUGAGGACCAGAACACUGUCUAACAGAACAUAUCUUCCCAACAUUUGAAGUGAAUAAAGCA